AUGGCUGGAGUUUUUGAAUUCGUCAUUUUUGGUCUCAUUUUAUAUUGGUUCUUCAAUACCCGUAUGGUCGACGUAUUGACAACGAGAGUGCAAGCCAUGUACACAAAUUGGGAUCAAACUCCUGAUUCGUCAUCUAGUAAAAAAAUAUCGGCAAACACUCUUCGUAAUUACGAUCCAGAAGUUAAAAGGAGUAAAUUUAAAGCUUUCAGUUCGGAUGAUAUAUUUAAAGUAGGAUUAUCCCUAAAUGCGUAUUUUUACAGUUCAAGACUCGCACAUUACGCUUCGAAAAGUUUACAAGUGAAAAACAUAUUGAAAACGGAAACGGAAAAAUCAAGUUUUUUCCUAAUCAGAACAUUUUGUCACAUUGUACACAUUUGGGGUUUUAAAAAGUUUGAAUUUCCACAAGUAUACGAUAAGGUUUUAUCAAGCGUGGCCUUAAAGGGUGCGAUCGGUGAAACAACACGUGAUCUCUAUCAGAACGAAUAUAGAAGCGAAAAUAAUGGAAACAACAAUCAAAAAGAUAAAAAGAGCGAAGAAGAUGUUUAUAAUAAAAUAUAUAAGGCACAAGAAGCGAGAGUGAAAAAUAUAUUAAUUAUAAUGAGAUCGACAUUGUCGGAUUUACUUCUAAGAAUCACUACUUGGGUCGUUUAUAAAUUAUUUCCAAGAUUUCUCAGUUCCGUUUGCCUUCAUCCGUCACAGUUGAAAAUGAUACAAAAAGCAGCCAAAACAAAUUUGCCACUCAUAUUCGUUCCCCUUCAUCGGAGUCAUUUGGAUUACAUUUUGAUAACAUUUGUUUUGCAAAACAUAAAUGUUAAAUCUCCGCUCGUGGCAGCUGGCAACAAUUUGAGAAUACCUGUUUUCGGGUGGUUGCUCAGGGGUUUGGGCGCGUUUUUCAUAAAACGUCGAAUUGAUCCAAGCGCCGGAAAAAAAGACACGCUUUACAGAGCCGUGUUACACACGUACAUGACAGAAUGUUUACGAGCGGGUCAUAACAUUGAGUUUUACAUAGAAGGUGGGAGGACGAGAACCGGAAAACCGUGCAUGCCAAAAGGGGGUUUAUUAAGCGUCAUUGUGGAAGCCUACAUGGAUGGAACCGUCGAAGAUGCACUUUUGGUUCCCGUUUCAAUCAACUACGAUAAAUUGGUCGAUGGAAAUUUUGUCAACGAAUUAUUGGGACAACCGAAACAAAUGGAAACUUUUUCGGCUGCUCUUUCGGCAAUGUGGACCACGCUCAACUCGAAUUACGGCUCGAUAAGAAUUGAUUUCAAUCAACCGUUUUCCCUUAAGGAAUUAGUAAAGUCGUUACAAGGUAAAUCAGGUCGAAUGUCUCUAACGGAUGUUUUUAACAGUAACGAUUCGGAUUCGAGUUCCUCCGUAUCGAAAAAAAAUGGAUACCAAAGAGAAAAAUCAUUUCGGAGUAUUCCGAGUACGACUUCGUUGUACGGAACGGAUGUCGUCGACGAAAAUUCGUUCAAGGCUUGCGCCAUAAUGUCGACAAAUUCCGUCGCGUUUUUGUUGCUCUACAAAUACAGAAAUGGCGUAUCGUUUAACGAAUUAGUCGAAUCGUUUGGCGAACUUCGAAAACAAUUCAAUUCCGAUAAUCGAGAUGUGGGAUUUUCCGGUGAAAAUGAAAACGUUGUCGAACACGCGAUCGAAUUGUUGGGUUCUUCGUUGGUGAAAAGGGAAAAAAGAGGGAAAACGGAUAAUAACGAAUCCGAAACGGUUGAUGAGUACAUUAUACCGGAAGUUGAUUUACCCAACGUCAUUGGAUUGUCAUAUUACAGUAAUACAGUCGUGUCACAUUUUGUCGUGGAAGGAGUCGUUGCAACUUCCAUUUGCAGCGCAUUAAAAUUCGAAUCGGAAAACGAAUAUUGGGUUCAAAAGGACGACAUUGUUAAAAACGCUUUGGAUUUAUGCGACGUACUACAAUACGAAUUUAUUUUCACAAAACCCUGCGAAUCGUUGGAAUAUGCCAUAAACGAAACCAUCGACAAAUUUAAAUUCAUGGAAAUCAUAACGACAAAAGAGACUGGAAAAUUAGGAUACGAAUCGUGGAAUAGUUGGGGUGCGAAAAAUUUUGAAGAUACCGACAACGAUGAUGAUUAUUUUCAUCAAUAUCAUCCAUCCGUCACUUACACCGUUAAUUACAAAAAUAACGAAGAGGAAAAAUUGGAAUUGUUUCACACGAUUUUAAGACCUCUAGUCGAUGCUUAUUUAGCAACCGCAAAGUGCCUAAAUAUAUUAAUUGAAAAAGAAAUGACGGAAAGUGAAUUCGUUAGAGAAGUUUUAAACGAAAUCAAAACACAAUUACAACAUGACGGAUAUUGUUCCUACGGUGAAAGCUCUUCCAACGAACUUGUUAAAAACGCAUUAAAAUUAUUUAAAAAAUGGGGAGUCGUAGAAAUGUACAGUCGAGAUUCUAUAAAACUCGUUUAUUUAAACGACGUUUAUACAAACGACGACGAACUACAACCGAUAAUAAAUAGAAUAAGUCAUUUUAAAUUUUUCAAAGAAGUCGUCACGGAAUGA